UUUUUUAGAAUUUUAGUCAUAUUUAAAGUUUAAACAAGUUAUUUCCUUAAAAAUCGUAUGAAUUUGAAUUCUUUGGAACAUUUAGUAGGUGUCCGGAAUCUACAACUUUUUUCCGGAAAGUCUAUAAAAUGUAGCGCUAAUAUUUUAAUAACAAUAACAAAAUAAUUUCUCAUUAAAUCUUCUGCCCUAAUAUUAUCCCUCAAACUCUUAAAUUUAUAUAAAACUGAAAACUUAAAAAAAAAUGACAGAAAACAAUGUUCUGUAUAAGGCUCUUUAUAUUUACUCCUGGGACCCUACUGUAUUAAUACAUUUAACAUUUUUUUGAUAAUUUUAACGGCUUCCAAAGAAAAAAUCCGCAAAAAAGAAAAUUAAAUCUUAAGCAUUUAAUCUAUUGUUUUCAUUCAAACAAUAUAUAGGAACAAAGUGAAAUCUUUUUCGGUUCUUUGACUCCACACUUUUUUUUUUUGCACAAUUUGGACAACCUUGAUAUCCACUGAAGGUUCCUCAUUUAGGUGGUGGCGGCUUUGAACUGUUGUCUUGUUUGCAAAACACACGUUGAAAAGUUUAAUUAGGACACUUAGUUGUGGCGUAUAAAAAGAAAUAAUAAAUACAAAAAAAUAAAUCAGUGGCCAUGGGUGGAAAUUUUUUCAGGAAAUUCACGUUAAAAAUGUAAAGAAAAAAAAUUCAUACAUACAACCUUCCAGCGGCGGUACUGUGGAAGGAAGAGAAGGAGAAGAAAAAAAUUAUUCUUGCGAUAAAAAAUCGUUGAUAAGGAAAUUAUGUGGCAAUUGGUGUAUGAGUGUCGAUUUUCACUGCAAGGUGCACAGAAAGUGAUGCAAAAAAUACUUUAAGAAAAAAACAGGGUGAAUGUGAGAGGAAUUAUUCCCUCUUUUAUGUGGUUUUGUGGUGGAAAAUCUGACUAAUUGAGUUUGGAUUAUGUAGGAGGGGGGAGGCAGUCGGUGCCAUCAAAGGAAGUCUAUCUGUGGCUGUGAGAGAAUCUCUUUGGGAUUCUCUCUGAUGUGUAUAGAGCUAUGUGAGCAGAUCACAAUGCUGUUGUGUGGAAAAUGCUUUUCUUGCUCUGGGUUCGUCUCUUGUUUUUUUUGUCUCACCCCUAUAGAGAGUCAUUGGAGUGAAAAAGAGAGAAAAUUUACACACAAAUGUUAGUUGGGAGUUAGUGAAUUGAAUAGACUUUGAAAUCUCCUCUCGUUACCGUUUCAAUUUAUUACUCAUCGUAGUUGGAUGUUGUCUCAAUGUGGGGAGUUUUUCAAGUCACAGCUAUUGUAAUUGAGUGGGAGAAAAUUUGUUUUUUUAUCAUGGAUAGGAUAAAAUUGGUUUGUGGAUAAGAUAAAUUAGUUUACUAGAUAAGAUAAGUUUGUUUUUCAAAUGAAGAGUCUCUCAAAAUUAAACAGAUUACACGGAUCGUUGCUGUGUUUUAUUAUACAAAUUAUCCUAUCUCAAAAUUCUUUCUGAUAAAUCUUAAAGAUUUUUUUUUCUAAUUCUAAUGGUAGAUGAAUGUAAAUUUCAUAAAGAAUUCACUUCUCAAUCAUGCAAUUUUCUUCAAAGAAAUUUACAUUAGAAAUUUACUGAAAAUCAUUUUAUUAUCCAAGUUAUCCUAUCUCAAAACUCUUUCUGAUAAAUCCUAAUUUAUUGAAAAUUUCCUUAAGAAUUCUAAUAUCAAUCUUGAAAACUAAAGAACUUAUCCAAUUUAUCAUAACUUAAAACCAUAUUAGAUAAUUGCCAAGGACCUUUUAUCAGAUUUUGCAGAAAUUUAGUGAAUAUUUCAUACACAAUUCCAACCAAUUUAAAACCUCAAUCAGAGUGAAGUUUUAAAUGAAAUAUUCCUGCAAAACGUAAUAAAAAAUCGUUUAUUUAUCCAAUUUAAAAUGGAUUCCUAUCUCAAAAUUGUUUUAGAUAAGAUAAAUGUCAGCAAAUUUUUAUCUAAUUAUUUACUAAUUGAAAAUCUAAAUCGAAAAUCGGGCUAUAAAUAUCUGAACCAGAUCUUAAGAAACUUAAAGAAAAAUCGUUUCAAACAUCAUGUAAACUCAAGAACUUAUCCAACUUAUCCAAACUAAUUUAAUUUUCAAGAAACAUGUGGAAAAUUUAGGAAUUUAUCUAACUUUAUUUGAUAUCAAAACUGUUUUAGAUAGAUGUCUGGAUUUUGUCUCUGAACUAUCCAUUUUAAUGGAAUUCAAGUAAUAUUUUGUUCAAAAGCUCUACUAAUUGAAGGCAUUAAUUGGAAAAAUUUUCUACAAAGAAAUUUUCUUUAGAAACUCAUUGAAAAAUUCUUUAUCCAACUUAUCCUAUCUCAAAACCAUUUAUAAUGAUUCUUACAGAAUUUUUAUCUAAUUUGAAAAGGAUUUCUGUUAAUUUCGUAGAGAAUUUUAAUCAUCAAUAUUCGUUUUGAACUUUCAAGAAGUUAUCCAACUUUAUACUAUCUCACAACCAACUUGGAUAACCCCAUCAAAGUGUCUCAAGCAAAAGAAUCUCAAAUCGUAUGAAGUGUUUUGACCUACUAUUUGGCUUUUCCUUCUCAAAGAAUCUUUCACAGUGUAUGUGUGUGUUUGAAAAUUAAUUCACCUGUAGAUGUUUUUUUUAUUCUUCUUUUCAAUAAACCCACUUGCGGUUCUUUGUAGUAGUGAAGCUGUUUUUUUGCUAGGUGGGAGGUAGUAGAGAGGAAAAAUAUUAAAUACAUACAGAGGCAAAAAGGUAACAGUUUGGUGCUUUGAAGAAAUGAGUAGAAGAAAUAAAAAAAAGAGUACAUUCAAGACUUUUGAGAGAGGUGGUGUAGUGCGGCAGUAAAUGAUGAAAUAAGCGUGAAAAGAACACGAUAUAAAUUUUCAUUCCACUUGUUUCUUUCACCUCUAUCACACACCGCAACUUUUGUUGCAGUUUUUGUUAAAAAAAAUUUAAAAAAAAAUUAUUUCCUUCUGUUGUGUUCUUCCUGUGCUUUCUCCCUGGAAUGAGAAAGGGACAUUCGGAUGGAAUUUUCCAAAGAAAAGAAGUUUGUGUGAAGAAUUUUCAUUGAGAACCGGCAUUGAUGUGUAUCUGUGACGGGGGAGUUUAGUGGUGCGAACUCUGUGUAAUCAAUCAAUUUGAUAUCAAACGAAAGGAGAUAUCAAAACGAUCAUCUCAAUGGAAAGUUUAGAGGAAAAAAAUGAACAAUUUGGUGCUUGAUUAACUGAAUUAUGAAGGAAACUUUCAGCGGCAUUUCCCAACAAUCGUUGAUUUUUUUCUAAUUAAUUGUGUGGGAGGGGAGACACGUUGAAAAAAAAAUGAAAGAAAGAUGUACAAAGUAGUGAAAAGUGAUGAUCAAAUCAAAUUGAACUGAAAAAAAAUCUCUCGUCCUUUCACUUCAAUUGUAAAUACGCCAUUGAGGCUUUUUUCCUCACUUAAACGUCUUCUCUUCUCUCUCUCUUUUCGCGUCUUAAUUGCCUUAAUGUGUGAAUUUGAGAGGUUUUGAUGAAUUGAAUUAGUAAAAGAGUAAUAAAAUGUGCUGAAAUGGCGAAUUUGUAGUGCAUUGAUACAACAUACAAACACAUAUCCAACGCUUGAGUAGCUCUCUCAAGCACUUCUUCAUACACAAAGAAAAAAAAACACGAAUUAAUUUUCAAUUGGUUUUUCCGGGAGGUUCUCCCGGGAGAUUUUCCCCCCAAGACACACGUAAAAAAAGGGAUUGAAUCUCAACUAAAGAGUUACACAACAACAAAAGAUGGAAGAAUUGAUUAUUAAUUUUUAAUUGAUAAACUCAAAGAUAAAUUCAUUGCAAAUUAUUAAUAAUUUUGGUCAAAGUUUAAUUGCUUUUUAUCAACAGAUCAUGAGAGAAUUGAAAGGUGCUCAAUUUGUUGAUUUUUAUCCAAGUUCUGAACCUUUUUCUUGAUUACUUUUAGGUUAAGAAAUAUGGAAAUAUACUAAAAACAUUAUUUUAAUCAAUCAACGUAAAUUUAGGCAAGAAUUAGGUGCUCUUGACGUUCUUAGACUAGAAUUUGACUAGAAUUAUUUUUAAAUGUUAAUGGCGUCUUCGAACAAUUCAGCGCCACUUGCGGUAGUCUUUCAAAAUAACGAGUGCUCUAAACAUUUUAAGAAUAAUUUAUAUUUGAAGAAUUAUUAAGAUUAAGCCUGAAUAAUAAAAAAAAUAAAAAUGAUAGGUACAGUAAUUAACGAACUUUUUUAAACUAUAGAUUAAACGUCAAAGUAAUUAAUUGUCACAAUUACAUAAAGAUGUGUCAAAACAAACCUUUUUAAACGUCAAAUUAAUUAACUGUCAUAAUGAAAAAUAAGGAUGUGUCAAAACGAACUUUUUUAAACUAUAGAUUAAACGUCAAAUUUAUUAACUGUCACAGUGACAAAUAAGGAUGUGUCAAAACGAACUUUUUUUAACUGUAGAUUAAAUGUCAAAUUAAUCAACUGUCACAUUGACAAAUAAGGAUGUGGCAAAACGAUUUUUUUUAAACUAUAGAUUAAACGUCAAAUUAAUUAAUUGUCACAAUCAAGUUAUGUCUAAAUUUAAUUCAAAAAUCAACCGUGAAAUAAAAUUCACAUUAAAUCAUCAUAAUUCUACAGAAAAAAAAGCAACAAAUAGAUAAAGCAAUAAAUUACUUUUGUCAUAAAAUAAUUAUAUAAUUUAUUGACAUACAUCCAGAAAUACUUAUAGGGCAGGGACACACCUCAAAAUUUGUGAAAUUAUUACCCUCCUAAGGCGUUGUUGUUGUUUCUCUUUUAUCUCUUCUUUCAUUGUAUUUGUUUUUCGUCAUUUUGAUAAGUGUCACGAGGGGGAAUAAUGAAAAAAAAGCAAAAGAAAUUGUUUUAUUGUAGAAUAAUUUGUGCAAUUGAAUUAAUCGGUGAGAAAGGGCAAUUAGCAAAUAAUUUUUCUCACACAGGGACGCCUAUGAAUGGGGCUAACUGAGAGGAGAGAAAAGUUUUCAUUUUAUAUGCAACAAAGAGAUUGUUUAAGAUGAUUAAGAGAGAGAGAGAGGAAAAAAAACCGCCACAAAUUGAGAUUCUUUUUUGUUUUAUCCAUUUAUGUUUGUUUGUAUUUGUUAUCUCAUGGCGGCUAUCUCGUGAAAUGUCACACAUGACAGCAAAUACAUUUUCCGGUAUCACAGAAGUGAUGUGGAAAUGUAUGUGAGAGAGCUUUUCAGCCGUGUGUGGCACGCUUUUUUCCAGUGAUGUCUAAUCAUUCGUAAAGAUUGGAGGCAAAAUUUUCUUUUUUUGUUCUCAUAAUCUGUUGUUUUUUGUGUAAUAUUGUUUAAUGUCUUUUGUCACAAUGACAUUGUCAGUUUGACAGUUGGAAACUACUGUCAAAUACACGGAAAAAGGACACAGAAACAUUAUACAUUGACAAGUGAUUGUGAUUUUACGUCAAAUGCCAAAAGGACAUACGCAUCAGAGCUUCAUGUGUCAAAUUUGAAGGAAUCAAACGUUAAUCAACUGUCAUCAAUUCUCCUAAAAAAAAAUAAAAACUUUAUCUAUUGCAGCAAAUGUGAUGUGAGCGGAAUGUGAGGAGGAAGGAAGAAAAUUGAAAUAUUUUGCUGAAGAAAAGUGAAGAAAAAAAAAGAAAUUCAAGUGAAAUUUGAUAUUAAAACGACACGGCAACAGGUGUAUGAUACAUACGACUGGUAUUACUGAUAAAGUGCUGCUCAGUGUCUUAUCAGUGUUUAAUGAUAAAAUGCUCUGAAAGUCAACACGAGUCGACGCAACUUGACAGACGAAGGUGAUCCGCCAUCAGACGGCGGCGGGGAAACGCGAAAAAGCCGUGACAAAUUGCGAUGAUUUCAUUUUUGUGAUAUAAAAAUCCCUCCGAAGCCACAGAAAAAAAAGUUAAGGGUUUUUCGUUAGAGGAAAAAGUACAUUGGAAGUGCAAGAUAGAGAGAGACCCUUGAGGAAAAAUCAAGGAGGGCAAGUUGAGCCACAAAAGGAAUUUCGCAAGGUGCGCGCGCGCAUUUUUAGAACAACGUUAAAACCGCAAGGUGGCCAUCGAGUGGCCCAUCGAGGCAAUAACGUUACAAAAAAUUUAUGUAUAUUGAAGAACAUUUUGAAGAGUUUGACUAUUGUUGAGUGAAAGAGGGGUAUAUACCGUUUUGUCGCAACUAAACUCUCUUUGGCUGGUAAGCAGUAGUUGCUCCUCAAGCUGCAUGGAUAGAUCGCAACCAGCAGCAGCAACAGCAAAAGACUAAUUAAUGUGUGGAAAUUGACGUUAGUUUUGCAUUGAAACGGCUGUUGGUUUGCUCUGCUGGACAAAAGAAGAAAAAAAAUACAAGAAGUGCGUGUGGGUGACGUAGUAGCAGCGGGUUGUGUCGUGAUGGAGUCAGAUUUGAAGCGUGGCAUUGACAUUAGGCGGAGUAUACACAAGAGAAAGGCCCCAGCACCGCCGACAUUUCACCAACAGCAGCAACAGAAUAGUUCAUCGGCAGCAGAUGAUGUGAUGGCGGAAUUAAAUUUGCGAAAUACACUCAAGAGUGCUGCUCCACCACCGCCACGACGUCGUGAUGCAUCAGCAGGGGCGCCGCGGGAUGCAUCGCUGAGGGAUGGGUAUAGUUUGAAAUUGAGUGAUUUGGAGUGUAAGCCAAGUGUGAGGAAUUACGUGAGUUUGGGUGUUGGUGAGAAGAAGGUGGCAGCACCACAGCCACCACCCAAAGGGGAGGCGGUGGCCAUGGGUGAUGAUACUGCACUCACGAGCAUUGAUGUGCUGAAUAAGUUGCAGAAACAAAUAAAUGACAUGGAGGUGUAUACGAAGAUGAAUCCACCGCAGGAGAGGGCAGAAGAUGCCGUGGAUAGGGCACCACAGAAGAGUGGGCGCUACAAGGAGCAUGAGAAUCUCCUGCAAACCGGCAUAAGCAAUAUAGCAUCACGUCAGGGGCUAGGCUACCUCAAUCGUGGUGAUGCAACAGACGAGGAAGAUGAUGAGGGUGCAAUGAUGCAUCCGGGGGAAUUUAAACGUGGCGCCGAUGGACGUAAUUCAACGGGUGGUGCCCUGGGGAUUGCCUCGAAAUUCCUACCAAAGACAAAAAUGGCAAAACCCGUCAAUCGCACGGCGUCAGACACGAAAAAUGUCGAGAACACCGUGAAGCUCAUGAGAGCUGGCCUGAAGAAGCCACCAGCUCCCCUUGAGCCAACACGUAAAGGCACCAAAGAGGAUUCAGUUGUCCUGCACACACAUCAUGCCGAUAGAGCUCCACGUGUUGUGGGGGUGAAUGAGAAGCAACAGAGUCCAAUGCCACUCCGGCAUCAAAUUACCCCAUCACCAACCCCAUCGUCGGGGUCAGGGCAUAAAAGGAAUCAGGAACAUCAGGGCUCCCCCAAUAUGCAGCAACUUCGGAGUGGGAUGCCGAGUCGAUGGCGCCCAGCUGAGGAGCACAUUGGGAAGUAUAAAUUGCUAAAAACAAUUGGCAAGGGGAAUUUUGCGAAGGUUAAACUGGCCAGGCACGUACCCACCGGCAAGGAGGUUGCCAUAAAGAUAAUUGAUAAGACACAACUCAAUCCGGGUUCAUUGCAAAAAUUAUUCCGUGAGGUGCGAAUUAUGAAGAUGCUGGAUCACCCAAAUAUUGUUAAAUUGUUUCAAGUAAUUGAAACGGAAAAGACGUUGUAUUUGGUCAUGGAGUAUGCAUCGGGCGGAGAAGUAUUUGACUACCUUGUCCUCCAUGGGCGUAUGAAGGAGAAGGAGGCACGUGCUAAAUUUCGGCAAAUUGUCUCAGCUGUACAGUACUGUCAUCAGAAGCGAAUUAUUCACAGAGAUUUAAAAGCAGAAAAUCUGCUGCUAGACAGUGAGAUGAAUAUAAAAAUAGCCGAUUUUGGGUUCUCCAAUGAAUUCACACCAGGCUCAAAGUUGGAUACAUUCUGCGGUAGCCCACCGUAUGCAGCUCCGGAAUUGUUUCAGGGGAAGAAGUACGAUGGCCCGGAGGUGGACGUGUGGUCCCUCGGGGUAAUCUUGUACACACUCGUUAGUGGCUCAUUGCCAUUUGAUGGCACAACAUUGCGUGAACUGAGGGAGAGGGUACUUCGUGGGAAGUAUCGAAUUCCAUUCUAUAUGUCAACGGACUGUGAGGGUUUACUUCGUAAGUUUUUGGUAUUGAAUCCAGCAAAGAGGGCGAGUCUAGAAGUAAUAAUGCGUGAUAAAUGGAUGAAUAUGGGCUAUGAGGAGGACGAAUUGAAGCCCUACACGGAGCCGGUGCCCGAUUUGAAAGAUCCCAAACGGAUAGGUAAGACGGAAGCCCUAGUCGCAAUGGGGUACAAUAGGCAAGACAUUGAAGAAUCACUAUCACAAGUUCGCUAUGACGAUGUAUUCGCCACAUAUUUGCUUCUAGGAAGAAAAAGCACAGAUCCCGAAUCCGACGGUUCCCGGUCAGGAUCUUCCCUGUCACUGAGGAAUAUAGCAGGAAAUGAUGAAGCAGCUGCGGGUAAUUCCGCAGUACAGAGCCCAACGCACCGUGGUGUCCAUCGAAGUAUCUCGGCAUCGAGUACUAAACCCAAUAGGAGGGCGUCUAGUGGUGCCGAAACACUGCAAAUAUUCCAUCGUUUUAUAACAGGUGUUGGCCCCACGCCGGCUGUUGUGGCGGCUGCAGCUGCAACGGCAUCAGGUGCAACAAAUGUUGCCAAUAAUCACACAACAACGGCAGCAGCAACAGCAACAAGUGGUGCCACAUCGUCUACCGAGAGAGCUUCAAUAAGCAGCAAUUUUAAGAGGCAAAACACCCUUGAUCCCGCUACCGUGAAAGAGACGAUGAGUCGUUUAGUGGCACAGGACCGGCCAGCAUCGGCUCAGCCAAAACCCGUGGCUGUUACUCAAAAUGCAAUUUCGAGUCCCGCAAAGCCACGUAGCAGCGUAACAAAAUACGAUCCGACAAAUGGGAAUCGCACAGUUGGUCCCAGUGGGAUGAUCCCCAGGCGCUCGACAACUCUCUACGAGAAGACGUCGUCAACGGAAAAGACAAAUGUUCUACCGGCUGAGUCAAAUUUGCUGAAUCGCAUCAGAUUGACACCAGCUGUUAAAUCUAGCCGUCAUUUCCCCAGAAAUGUUCCAUCACGAUCCACUUUUCAUUCAGGACAAACAAGAGCAAGGAACAACACAGGAUUGGAGUAUUCGGGAACGGGUGGCACAACUGGAGACUCUCCACAUUCAGGAAGGACGAGUUUUUUCUCCAAAAUCUCCUCCCGCUUCAGUAAACGGUUUAGGGUAUUUACGGCUAAAAAUUAAGAGUCUUGUUUGAGAAGAAGAAUAAUAUUAAUUUAAAAAAAAUAAAGCAAAAUAUUAUUUUAAUCCCUCCUCAAUGAAGUAAGACAUUUAAAAAGAAAUAAUAUUAUUUUCUAUUAAUAUUUUAUGUUAUUUUUUUUUUUUGAAAAUUGUUUUUCUUUCUUUCUCAUAAAACAAUAUGAAAAAAAUUGAAGAUUUUUGAGAAGGAGCUUUGUGUGUAGAUAAUUUUCGAAUUUUCAUUAUUAGAUUUCUUUUCUUUUGUUAGAAUUUAGAAAAAAAAAAUCAAAGCAUUGAAAAUUAUGUUUUUUUUUUUUGAAAAGUAUUUAACUUUAAUUUAUUUGUUUAUUAAAAAGUAAAACAUCUAUUAAACUUAGAAUUAAGGAAACUAAAAAAAUGAAAAUUUCCACGGCAAUUUGCUGAGAGAAAGCACCCACACAUACACAUGUCAUUUAUUUUUUUGUUUUCUUAUUUUUUUUUAAUCUAUAAAACACCACCUUUUGCAGAGAAACUAAUAAAAAAUAAAUAAAUAAACUCAGCUAUACAUAGCAUAGAAAAUAAGAUGAAAAACAAUAUUAAUUCACACGCGCUUUCCUCUUACACUUCCCAUUAUUUUCCUUUAAUUUUUUUUUUUUAUUUUUUAAUAUACAAUCCUCAUAAUUUCCAUUAAAAAAUAAAAGUAAAUAAAUAAACCUUCAACACCAUGUAAAGUGACUAAAAGUUUAUGGAAAAAGGUUUGCACAAUGAUUUAGAAAAUAAAAUAAAAAAGAAUGAGAACAUUUUUAUUCAUUUGUCAAUAAACCUUAAUAUAAUUUUGCAAUGGAUUCCGAGACAUCUGCAAAUGAUUUUUACCCGUUGUGAGCUUCUGCCGCGGAUGCGGGACCAUUUAAUUAAAUAUUUCACUGUUGUUAAUUUUUUUUCGCAUCUCUCUUUGCUUUCUCGUAACAUCCUUUUCUCUUUUGUAGUAAUUAACUUUGAAAAAAAAAAAUAAAAAACAUACAGAGAGACAGAGAGGUCAUGUUGUGAAAGGCAUGCACAGUGGCGCGGUGUGAUUUUAAAGGGGGAAAAAAGAGAACGAAAUAAAAGGACGCUAAAGGGAAAAAAAUGUUUAAUAAAAAUCCGAAGAGAAACUUUAAACGGUUCUAAACUGAAAGCUCUUAGCUACAUAUAGGAAUUACUUUGAAUAUAAAAAAAAAAUGAAGUUUAUUUUGACAAAUUGCUGUUUGCAACAAAAAAUUUUAUGUCAAAUAUCGUAGAAAAUUAAACAAAAAUUCUAAUGAUUAAAGGAAAUCAAUCCUUAGGUCGAAUGAAUAAUUCUAGACAGACAGACGAUAAUUUUGAAGCAUUGCUUUUUGGCAUUUGCCGUUUCUAGGUGAAAAAUUAAAUAAAGUUUUGAAUGACAGUUUCAUCUGUCAAAAUGGAUUAAAUACACUAGUCAGACAGACUUAAAAUUCCUAAAGAAAGACUUAAGGUGCCUUAAAGUUUUCAUAGGAUUCUUUAAGGUUUUUUAAGAAUAUCUUAAGUUUUGAAAGAUUCCUUAAGAAAAUACUUGAGAUUUCUUAAGAAAAAUUUAAGAUUAUUAUGUUUUCUUAAGCGAAACUUUAAGAUUUCUUAAAUAAAUCAAGCAAAAUGCGUAUUUUUUGAUGAUUUUUGCAAAUUGCGCUACUCGAAAGCGAUCUGAAAAAAUCAUCGCAAAAUGUGCAUUUAGAUCGAUUCAGCCUGACUGAAAGAAAAAACUCAAGUUUAGCUUAAAGGAAAACUUAAAAACCUUAAAUUUUUCCUAGAAAAUCUGAAGUUUUUUUAAAGAAAUUUUAUGAAAAAUUAAGACUUUCUUAAGAAAACUUAAAGAAUAUGAAGAAAGCUUAAGUCUGUCUGAAUUGGAAUUUUACCCAAGUGGGCAAAAUUCAUUAGAAUAUCGGGUUUAAAAUUUUUGAGACGGUUUUUAAAACGUUUAAAAUUUUUAAGACAUUUUUUUAAGUUGGACUUAUAAUUUUUAUUUUUCAAUGAAAUUCCCUAAUUUCACUAAAAAGUUUUUUAAGACCGACCUAAAAAACAGGUUGAAAAUUUUAAGCCUGAAUUACUAGUGAAUUUCGCUCAAAUGUUGACAUUAAACUGACAAAUUUAGCAAAAAAAAGGCGUGCUGAAUAAUUCCCAUAUUUCAACGAAUCAAAACAGAAAAUUCUUUCAAACAUUUCUUACAUCCCCGUACUUUUGUUUUUUUUUUCUUUAAUUAUUUAAUAUUUCUUCUAGUAGAUUGUUUUGGAUAUUUUUGUUUAAUAUUAAUGUAAAAUCAUUGUGCACUCCUUUAGUAAACUUCCAAAAUAAAUCCCUCUCAACUAAAUGAAAAAAAAGAAAUCCUUCCUUACAUCCUCUAAAAAUAUAUUCGAUUAAAAAACUAUAUACAAGAAUUUAAAAAAAAUAAAAUAGUGAUUAAAUAGGCAAAAAUAUAAAAAUGGAAAAUAUUUUUUAAGAAGUAGUUCAUUUACAAAAUUUAAGACAUUUUUAUAAACUACACGUACAAUAUUUUUUUCUUGUAUGGAAGAUCUUGUUAUACUUUUUUAUUUUCUUGUAAAUCAUUCAAAUGUUUUCUUUUCUUUAUUAUAAUUUUUUGCGUUUUCUACAAAAGAUAAUUUGGUCACACUGCAGAUUUUUUAUUUGUUGUCAAAUCCAUUAAAUUAUGAAGAAAAUGUGCCGAGAUUUAAGGACAGAAAUGAAAUCAUUGUGCAAAGUUUUUUUUUCUUAUUCUAUACGUUAUAUAUUUAUAAAUAUUAUAUACAUAUUUCUCAAAAUCUAUGUCUUCAUUCUACUUUUUAUUCCUUCAUUUUUUUAUUUUAUAUUUUUUGGCACAAAUUUUGCAUUAAAAAAAAAGUUUCAUAAAGAAUUUCUUUCAAAAAAUUAAUUAAAAAUAACAAAAAAAAAAGAAAAUUGGAGAUGGUUGUAAAACAAUUAUUAUUAUUGGAAUUCUCUUCUAGGCUGAAUCAAUAGCAUUCGAAGGAAUGCUAAAAUGGGGGCAUGAGAGACAUUUGGGGUGAAAGUGAUGAAAAAUCUGCAGCUGUGACCAUUUUCUUUUGUUCUUUAUUAUAUUUAAUAACAACAGAAAAUUAAUUAUUAGUUUUUAAGUUAAAGAGAAAAAUUUACCAUCAAUUUCUGUAUUUAGUUUCUUUUCUUUUCUUUCUCAAAAGAAAAAAAUGAAACCUCCCAGAGAGAAAAGAAAAUGAAUAUUUAGCUGUAAGGAAGAAAAUGUUCCUUUCCUACUAUAUAUAAUAAAUUAUAUAUAAUUUUUUCUUUUGAUGAGUUUGAAAAAGAAAUUAAAAAAAGAGAGCUAUAAUAGUGUUCUUAGGAGUUGAGUUUUGAAAGAAAAAUUAAAAUUAAUUUGUGGGGAUUCUUUAGAGUUUUUUUCUGUUCUAGAUGUUUUGUGUUUAUUAUUAUUUUUUUUUAAAUUUUCUUCUGUUCAAAUUAACAUUGCAUCAAAGCUCCGUCUUGUAAGUGAGCGCCUAAGCCAAUGAGAAUGUUUGGCAAACCAAUCAAAGAGUUCAUCAUUGACACACUGAUUCUUCUUCUUUUUUAUUUAUAUUUCAUUGACAAAUUUUUUUUUUGAUUUUAUUUGAAUUUAUUGAAGGGAGAGAAUUGAUGCAAAGUUAGUUUGAAUUAGUUAUAAUGUUCUAUUUCUUUCUUCUAUGUUGUAAAAGUUAUUAACAAAACAAAGAAAAGACUGCAAGUUGUUUUGUUUAAUGCACCGUUUAGAACAAAAAUUUAAAAUAAAUGAUUAACGUCUUGUUGUGUCUUUAAAAGCAAAAAAACAGACAUUUAUAAGGCAGAACAUCGUUUAGUUUUGACUAAAAUUUGUUCAAACAAAAUUUUAGAGCACAAAAAUAGAUUUUUUAGAAGAUUUUUCAAAAAUUCUUUCUAUUAUUAUUUUUGUUUUUUUCCUCUUUUCUUUUCUUUUCUCAGUUUAAUGAAAUUUCUGCCAAAUAAUUUGACAGCAUCUGGAAUUAGAAUGAGCUUUAAACGAAGCAAGAAA